AUGCCGCAAUCAUCUCGCUUGCAAGACAAAGUAGCCAUCGUCACUGGGUCCUCAUCAGGUCUAGGACGAGCGAUCGCCAUUCGCUAUGCCCAAGAAGGAGCAAAAGUGGUCUGUGCUGAUCUGACACCAACUGCGCGAUCCCAAGAGGAGGCUGAGAUCACGACACAUAAUCUGAUUGUCAGGGAUGGUGGGCAGGUGACUUUUGUGCAGACGGAUGUCGGGGACGCAACACAGAUGGAGAACUUGGUCCAAGUCGCUGUGAAAGAAUAUGGACGACUCGACAUUCUGGUCAAUAAUGCUGGUAUCAGUAUUGAGGCGCGGACGCCUGCUGUACUACAUCUGACAGACGAGACGACCUGGGAUACGACGAUGCGUGUCAACACUAAGUCUGUGUUCCUGGGUUGCAAGUAUGCUCUUACUCAAAUGUUAGCGCAAGAACCUCAUUCUUCCGGAGAUCGGGGCUGGAUCGUCAAUAUCUCUUCCAUUAUGGGUAUGAUUGGUGGGCCGGAGAAUCCAUCUUACUGUGCAUCAAAGGGUGCUGUGAGUAAUCUCACGAAGCAGAUGGCUCUAGAUUAUGGCCCGGAUAACAUUCAUAUCAAUGCCAUUUGUCCUGGCUACACUCAAACGGCUAUCUUCAAGGAGACAACUACUAACUUGACUCCUUGGGAAGAUCUAAAAAGACGCCAUCCUCUGAAAGGACCUGGAAUGCCGGAGGAUAUUGCUCGUAUAGCUGUUGUGUUGGCAAGUGAUGAUGCCAACUGGGUGACUGGAAUUUGUCUUCCGGUUGACGGCGGGUAUACUGCUCGCUAA